AUGGAUCAAAGACCCACUGUUCGAAUUUCCACACUUCCGCUCAAUACUAUUGCUCAUAUUAUUCCUCUGAAACUCAAGGAUGAUAAUUUCAUCACCUGGAAAGCUUUAAUGUUACCACUUUUCAAGAAAUUCCAGGUUGAAAAGUUUAUCGAUGGUUCUUUUCCAUGUCCUGAUCAAGGAACCACAAGAGCUCAACUAGCUGAAUAUCAAGAUUGGAUUGCUGAAGAUACAACUCUUCUUCUUUGGAUCCAAUCAACAAUUUUUGAUUCAAUUAUUGGUUAUGUUGCUGGUGCUGCUACUUCUAGAGGAUUGUGGCUUAGCAUUCAAGAAAUAUUUGCUCAUACUUCUGCAACUCAUGUGAUUCAUAUUCGUACCAAGCUUCAAUCUCUCAAAAUGAGUAGUUUUGUAUCAAAAUAUCUAAUGGAGAUUAAAAGCCUUCAAGAUCAACUUGCAGUUGCAGGAUCUCAAAUUUCAGACACUGAAAUGGUGGUAACUAUUCUAUCUGGCUUGCCUCUAGAAUAUCAUUCCUUUGCUACUUCCAUUAGAAUUCGUAAUCCGCCAGUAUCAAGCAAGGAACUGUUCAAUCUGCUCAUGAAUGAACACUGA